UCUGCAUUCAGUGUUAGAUCGAGAGAUUUAACCUUUGUGAGAAAUUGAAUUGCAGAUUGCAAAGUAAUAGUAGAAUUACGAUUUUCUGAUCAUGUCGACGUACAAGUUAACGUACUUUAAGGAUGGAGCCGUUGGUGAACCAUCCAGAUACUUGUUAAGUUAUUGCGGCAUUGAAUUCGAAGAUAUUAGACUCACUAUGGAAGAAUGGCCAAAGCAUAAACCAAACAUGCCCAUGGGACAACUGCCAAUUUUGGAGAUAGACAAUAAGACAUACCAUCAAUCCAGAGCUAUCGCUCGCUUCAUUGCUAAGAAGGGUAAUUUAUACGGGUCUGACGAGUUCGAGGCUAUGGAGAUUGAUGCCACGGUCGAUUCUAUGGAGGAUAUUAGACGAGCUAUGGGCGAAUACUAUUGGGAACAGGACCCCGUUUUCAAAGCAAAGUUAAAGGAAACCGCCUUCCAAAAAUUGGCUUUCUAUCUCGACAAAUUCGAAGCUCAAGUUAAGAAUAACGGUGGAUAUUUCAUCAAUGGCAAACUGUCAUGGCCGGAUUUCAUGUGGGCUGCAUAUUCUGAACGUAUAAGCUUUAUCUUAACCAGGGAUGUGAAUCAGGAUCAUCCAGAAUUGAAGAAGCUAGUAGAGGAGAUUCGCGCCUUACCCAAGAUUAAAGUUUACAUCGAGAAGCGACCCAAAAUUCAAUAGUACGUAAAAUUUCUAAUUUUACGUACUUUUUGUUCUUGUAUUGAUGUCAUUCUUUAUUAAAUCUUUUAGACCAAAAUGUUUUGUGAAAAUCUGGCGUAUAUUAAG